UCAACACAAGCGACGAGUUGCUUCGGGUGAAACAGAUCCACAACUCAACUGUUUUCAAUUAUUGCUGCAUAGGUGUUUCAUAAAGUGCUACUUAUGCAUAUAUGAAGUCGGACAAGUUCGAAAAAUGUAGAUACCUAGCUUAGCUAGCCAACAUUAGCUUUCAGCGGUGAUUUCCAUUAGGAAUAGCCAGCAUAGUUACGCUAGCUAGUUAGCCAUAAGUGAGCUAGUUAGUUGCUACUCUGUCAGCCUAGCGUGUUAUGGUCAGAUACAUCUAGAAUAAUAUGCAGCCGUUAAUAUCUUCUCAAUUCAUUGGUUAGGUAACUAUAUCAGCUAACUAUAAUUCUCACGAAGUUAUGUUGUAGCGGACGGCCGUUCGUUGGCUAAUUUGCUAGUUAGCCCCUAACAGUAGCUAAAAUUCUAAGCUAUCUAGCUAAGUCCAUUUUUCCUGACCCGAUGCCGGCCUCAACGCGCCACCCAAUUGUCUAUCUAGCCGACCAGUUUGUGUUCUCUAACUAUUUAGUGGUGGUUAUUGCUCUGUGCGGCCUGUUGUGUAGAACUAACGUUAGUUGGCUGGCUAACUAGGUAACCGAGCUGUUGCAAUGAGUAUUAUAAGUUCAACUUUAUUGAUUUCCCUCGCUGCUAAGUUGUAAAGCAACGCAUUCUCAUUGAACCGGAUUUAUUUCUGCAAUUAGUAUCAGCAGCCAGCCAAUAAUAUGGCCACAUCUUUGAGCCUCAUUUCCAGAAGUUGUCAGAAUCAAGCGAAGCCCUCUUGAAAAGUUACGUUCCUCUUUGCAUGUUUGUAAAGUACCUAGAAAGUUGCUAGUGAACAGUCACUUUCAAAAUGUCCGUUUUGUGCAAUGGAUAUCUAAUUGCGUUUGACAUGCAUGUUAUCAGUGGAUAGAUAUAAUGUUCAGUUACUUAAAAAACUUUCCCCCAGUGUUACAGCAGGAAUGCCCAAGGAAAAAUAUGAACCGCCAGACCCCAGGCGGAUGUACACUAUCAUGUCAACUGAGGAGGCAGCCAAUGGAAAGAAGUCUUACUGGGCUGAGCUGGAAAUCACAGGUAAUGUCAGGAGCCUGAGCCCAUCUCUGUGGACUCUGACCCACCUCACUGCCCUACAUAUUGCUGACAACUGUCUGUCACGCAUCCCACCCGACAUUGCCAAACUACACAACCUGUUGUACCUGGAUCUGUCGUCCAAUAAGAUCAGGAGCCUGCCGGCAGAGCUCGGCCACAUGGUGUCUCUCAGGGAGCUGCUUUUAAAUAACAACCAGUUGCGGGUUCUGCCAUUCGAAUUGGGGAAACUGUUUCAGUUACAAACACUGGGGUUGAAAGGAAAUCCACUUGCACAAGAAAUCAUGAGCCUGUACCAGGAGCAUGAUGGCAUGAGGAAACUGUUGAACUACCUGUUGGACAAUCUGGCAGGUUCAAUCAAAUGCACCCCCACAGAGCAGCCCCCGUCACGGUCGUGGAUCGCACUCCAGGAGCCGGACCAGACGAGACCUUCUGCGUUGUUCUCAGUGAUGUGCUACAAUGUGCUGUGUGAUAAGUACGCCACGCGCCAGCUCUAUGGCUACUGCCCUUCCUGGGCCCUCAAUUGGGAAUACAGGAAGAAGUCCAUCAUGCAGGAGAUCAUGAACUGCAACGCUGAUAUCAUCAACCUACAGGAAGUGGAGACGGAGCAGUACUACCAGUAUUUCCUGCCAGAGCUGAAGGAGCACGGCUACGAGGGCUUCUUCAGCCCAAAGUCUCGAGCCAGAACCAUGCACGAGUCAGACCGCAAACAUGUGGACGGGUGCGCAGUUUUCUACAGGACAGAAAAGUUCGGUGUGGUGCAGAAACACACGGUAGAGUUUAACCAGCUGGCCAUGGCUAACUCUGAAGGCUCUGAGGCCAUGCUCAACAGGGUUAUGACCAAGGACAACAUCGGAGUGGCCGUACUGCUGGAGGUCCGCAAGGAAAUGAUGGAGGAGUCCUCGGGGAAGUCUCUGCAUGGCAUGGAGAAACAGCUCCUCCUGGUGGCUAACGCCCACAUGCACUGGGACCCGGAGUACUCCGACGUCAAGCUGGUCCAGACCAUGAUGUUCCUGUCUGAGGUGAAGAACAUUGUGGACAAGGCCACUCGCAGCCUCAAACUCUCCUCUGUCUCUGGGGAGACCAAUGGCAUCCCUCUUGUUCUCUGUGCCGACCUCAACUCUCUACCAGACUCUGGUGUGGUGGAGUACCUGAGUCAGGGUGGAGUGGACUGCACCCACAAGGACUUCAAGGAUCUUCGCUACCUUGACAGCCUCACCAACUUCAACUGCAAUGGCAAGAACGGCAACUCCACGUCCAACUCCAGGAUCACCCACGGCUUCAAGCUGAAGAGCGCCUACGAGGACAGCCUGAUGCCUUACACCAACUACACCUUUGACUUCAAGGGUGUGAUUGACUACAUCUUCUACUCCAAGCCUCAGAUCAAUGUGCUCGGCAUCCUGGGUCCCCUGGACUCCAACUGGCUCCAUGAGAACAAUAUCAGCGGCUGCCCGCACCCCCACAUCCCCUCUGACCACUUCUCCCUGUUCGCCCAGCUGGAGCUGCUGCUGCCCAGCACUCUGCCUCAGGGCCAGGCCAACAACCAGGUCAACGGCAUCCACCUGCCUGGAGGACGCAGGUAGUGGUGAGACAACCCCACUCCAGGGGUGCUGUAUGCUAUAGCAGUGUGCAGCCUCUAGCCCUCCAGCUCUUCUCUCGUUGUCACUUGGAGGAAAGAAGACGAGACGGAAUACACAACCAACCUGUAAAAUAAGAAUCAGCCGCACAGUGAGGUCUGGCCAACAGGGAUUUCAAUUAUAUAUUUUUUAUUUUCCUCAUUGUCGUUUUCCAUUUGUUUCCAUUUAGAAAAUGUCAAUCCUGUGUUGUGUUUUGGAUUCCUACCCCCCCCUCCCCCUUGGUCAUUCUUACACAUAAUGCUUUUGUAACUCUUAAACAGAUAGAAGGGAUGCUAGCUUCGAAUAUCACCAUAUCCCCUCUGGCUCCCGUAUAGAUAUUUAGAUCUUUAGCAAUAUCACCUGACUCUUGUUGUCUUUGACAUGACCUGUGCAGUCUUGAACAAUGGCACAAGAAAUACCUUUUAUCACUCGAGAGCUGUGCACACCCUUCACAAGGCAAGGAGAGAAAGGACACCACUUCUAAAGCUUACAGCUGAUAGUCUGUCCUAUACCAAUCUCAAACCAGCAAAAAUGGCAGCAACAGACAUGUCUAAUGUCUCAGCCAAGGCUAAGAGUGGGCCUUGUCUUUUCUCUCCCCACUGAGAUCAAUGUGAUGGUAUAUCUAUCUACCAUAAUAUGGUGUGCCGCUCCUCCUUUCUGUGCUAUAGGGCCAAUCUCUGUGGGUCCAAAAUGGUGGUGCUCACCUGGUGCUACCAGUCCACUACUAUUGACUAAUAGAACCUAGUCAGUUGUCUCCCUCUCCAAGUGGUGCAAUAGGAACUGGUGCAUGUAGACUGAUGUCACUGCUGAGGGGCAAUUCCACGGUAACCGUGACACUGACUCCGAUUUGUAACUUUCAAAUGUAUGUCAAACAAAAACCAAUGAUUGCAAAGUUAAACUAACAUACAACUCUAUGCACAAGGACUACUUUUUAACAAUUUCCACAGAAUUUUUAAAGAAACGCAUUUAAUUGGAACAGUGCAGGUGCAAAGUUUGGUAACAGAAUGACGGUGUAUGCUGUCACCAACUUUUCAUCUGCACUGUUCAUCAAGUAAACGUUUUUGUUCAGUCUUCUGUGGGAAUUGUCGAAAGUAGGCCUUGUGCGUAGAGAGGGUUUGUUUGACAUACGUUUUUAAAUUGAAAAAUCGGGAUCUCUGUUCCUGUGAAAUUGCCUUGAGGAGUUUUUAGAUGUUGAUUAUUAUCCUUUUAGGAAAGGAUGACGGCAACCACCAAAUACACUUGUCUGGACCUGUUGUAUGGAAGCAAGUAAGCUCUAGUUAGCGGAGGCUUGUUGGCAUGCCGGUCAGGCAUAGUGCUAAAAAAAUGUAUCUGUAUCCUCUGGAUUGGAACAGAUUUGAAUGAUUUUAAGUAGUUGAAUAACAUGUAAUUAGUGGCCAGCGACCAUCCCCUUUUGCACACUGUUUUUCCUCUGCAUGCGUACGUGACAGAGUCAUUGACUUAGUCUUGUUAAUAGGACUUCAUUUGGACCAGGGAUGUGCAACUCCAGUCCCUGGGGGCCGGAGUGGUGUCACACUUUUUCACCUUCUCUAGCCAACACAGCUGAUUUUUAAACUAAUUGGGUUUUAAACUAUCAUGAUUAGUUGAUUUAUAGGAGUUGGGUGUGUUAGCUGGGGCAAAAUUGUGACUGCAAUCAGGCCUCCCCGAGGACUGGAGUUGCCCAUUCCUGAUUUGGACCAUAUACCACCUUUUGUAAUGGGGUAGGGGAUUUUGGCUGAGGGGCAAGGCAACGGAGGAAAUUCUCAACGAAACAUUUUUCAGAUUUGUUACUUUUUAAAGAGGGAGGGCAAUAGCUGAUGUACAGGAGUUUAAACCAGCAAUCCUCUCACUGUCACACACGUGGACAUACACAGAUCUUGUAGCACUGUCUCUUGAGGCCAGUAGUCAUUUUUCCCUCAGCCAUAAAUUCCGUACGCUACAGCAGUGGGUUUUUUCACAAGUGUUUGUACAGAAUAUAAAUCUAGAUUGUCUUUACACGAUUGUAUAUGAGUCACAAAAGACCUGUUUUCUGGCAGGGUUUUUUUGUACUAUGAGUAAAUUAUGAUCCAAUUUGAAGAAAGAAAAAGACAGGAUUGUAUUGUAAACUAUGGCAAUUUUUUUUUUUAUCCAGUAAAUGUUAAGAUGAAAUUGAAAUGACCAGCUUGUACAAAAGACGUAAGGGGUUGUUCCAGGCGUUCGCUGCCACUACUUUGCACUCCCGCCCUAGGUUAACUGUUUUUAUGUAUCAGUAUUGCUUGUUUUCCUGUUAUGAUUUGAGAACAUGUUUCUCAGAUUGUAAAUAGACCUACUGACUAAAUAUGAUGCAUCUUCAAAUCCAUUCUAUUUACAAGCCAUUGGUCCAUACUGCUGCCAGCCUGCCACCAACCGACCCAUUCAUCCACUCACAGUUCAGACUAAAGUAAGGUUGGGUCUCCAAUAACACCCUAUUUACUAUAGUGCACUAAUUUUGGCCAGUCCCAUGUGGCUCUGUUCAAAAGUGCACUAAAUAGGAAAUAGGUUGUCAUUUCAGAUUGAUCCUAAGAGUGAUUUUUGCAUCACGCACAUCCAGUAUCCCACAAUUAGUGUUGUACAACCGGAACAUUGUGCCUCGCCAUAGCCGUUUUGUUGUCUUGCACUAUUUACAGUCGGCGAACUCCGGAACAACCUCUUCUCCAUUUAUUUUUUAAAUACUGUCCACACAUUUGAUGUCCUUUGGGGUUUUUGUUAUCGUUUUGUAUUUUCUUUCUUUUUUUUGUAUGAGCUGUGACAAUUGUGUAUAUACUCCUUGUUGAGCGAUCUAGUAAUCCGGUAUGGAAUAUUUGUCAAGCUUUAGUUUUUUUCCAUUGGGGGCAAAGUGAAGACCUCUUCUCUUCUGAACCCCCUUACUUCCAGAAUGUUUUGCACCCUCCGUGUACUUUAGAUCAGCUCCUAGAACCCCGUUGAUAGUCCCUUAUCACCAUGGUCACCUAGCCUGUCUUGCCCCUCCACCACUGAAUUCUGAAUCUAGAGAAGCAUGUUCCCCCUAUACCUAGCCCUAUGUCCAACCCUCUAGACACUUAACAGUCAAGUGUAUUACUUUAGUCCUUUUAACCCCGCUACUGAAGCCUCUGUGCGGUACCGUCUGUGAGGAACUGACCCGUCUCCCCGUCUGUCAGGUGGCCCAGACAGACGUUAUCCAUCUCUGUUCUGUUACCAUCGGGACUGAAAUAUGUCCGCGGUGACUGACUAUAUAUUGCAACGGUCACAUUUUUAAACAGGAAAUGGAAUGAUCACGCCCCCCCCCCACCUCCUUUCCCACAUUUAUUAUUGAAUAAAUUAAAAUCCCCUUUUUAAAGUAAAUAUGAUGCUUUCGCCACUGUGCUAAAGUUAGAAUUUUAUGAAUUUUUACAGAGGGGAAAGGUUGAAAUGGGGAAUAUAAAUUGAGUCCUUGUUCAAAAGCUUUUUUUCUGACCUUACUUUCCCCCCUUGAUAUAUUUUAUUUGUUUUGAACAGAAACAAAUGUCCAGUUUGAUACCCCUGAAUUGCUGGUAGUAUUGUAGUAGAUUUAAAGACUUAGCUUUUUUUGUAAAGUGUGAAUAAAAGAUGUAUCUCAUGUUUCCUUCCUAAAACUUUGAGUUGUGUAUAUCCUAUGAUUGCUACAUUUUUCAUUUUUACUCAUUGCUUUUCCAUACCUUACCCCACCUUUCCAUCAACCAAAUUAUUCUCUUUUUUGGUAGAAAUGAUAGUCAUUUUUUUUAUCAUUAAAACAUUAACUUGGUCAA